AUGACGUAUACUGAGUUAUAUCCCUCUCUAUUGCAAAAGGGGUUAGUGGUUCCUAGACCUUUGGGUCCACCUCCUGAUCCUUUUCCUCCAUGGUAUAACCCAAAUGCUCAUUGCCCUUUCCAUGAGGGUGCACCUGGGCAUGAUUUAGAAGGAUGUUAUGCUUUGAAGCAUAUAGUGCGAGAAUUGGUGGAAAAUAAGAUUCUUUCAUUCAAAGACUUGGGGCCUAAUGUCAAGAAAGCAUCGGAUGGUGAUGUGAUCAAAGAUGUUGCAAAUAUCAAGACUCAUUUGCUAGCGUUCCAUGCGAGACUAGUAGAAGCUGGUUUAGUUAGUGCUUGUCAUAAAGAUUGUGAAGAAUUUGCCAUUCAUCCAGGAGGGUGUGAGAUGGUACGAAAAGAUGUCCAAGACUUGAUGAACCAAGGAGUGUUACAAGUUAGUAGCCUCGUGAGAAAAGAUGAAGUAGUUGUAAUUGAGCCAUUUUUCAAUUUACCAGAGCCAGUUGAGAUAACCUAUAGAAGAAAAGAUAUUGUUCAGUCGGUUAUUCACUCAUCACUCGUGGUUAUUUGCAUGCCUGGUCCUUUCCCCUAUGAAAGUACUAAGGCAGUACCAUGGAAAUAUGAUAUAACUGUCAUUGACAAAGAGUCUGAAGAGGUUAGACGAGAGGAAAGUUUGAAGGUUGAUGGUGCCAAUGUUACAAACAUCGCAGGGACGAGCCAAAUGACUCGCAGUGGGCGGAUUUACACUCCCCAGUUUAAUGUGGCCUCUCAAGCACCAAACAAAGAAACUACAAUUGCAGUCCCUGUUAGGGGGCAAAAUAUGGUUCAAUCCAAUGAAGAUGCUGAAUUUUUGAAGAUCAUUAAAAAGAGUGAUUACAAAGUAGUUGAUCAGUUGCACCAGACGCCAUCAAAAAUGUCCAUUUUAUCCUUGCUUAUGUGUUCCCCAACUCAUAGGAAUGCAUUAUUAAAAGUGCUAGCACAAGCCCACGUCACUCAAGAUAUAACGGUUGGUCAGUUUGAUGGAGUGGUUGCCAAUAUCACAUCUUGCAACACCCUGAGUUUCAAUGGUGGAGAGUUGUCAAAGGAAGGACAAAAUCACAAUAGCGCCUUGCAUGUGUCAGUGAAGUGCCAAGAGGAUACUCUAGCAAGAGUUUUAGUGGAUACAGGGUCCUCCCUCAAUGUUCUACCAAAGAGGACACUUGCCAAAUUAGAUUUUCAAGGAUUAAAAAUGAGGCCAAGUGCACUAAUUGUUAAAGCAUUUGAUGGGUCCCGGAGGAUUGUGAUUGGUGAAGUGAAGUUACCAAUUUUGAUUGGUCCACAUGUAUUUAACAUAACUUUCCAGGUCAUGGAUAUCAACCUUGCCUAUAAUUUCCUAUUGGGGAGACCUUGGAUACAUGCCGUUGGGGCAGUAACCUCCAAUUUACAUCAGAAAAUGAAGUUUGUCAUCAAUAAUAAGCUUGUAAUCAUCUCUGGUGAAGAAGAUCUCAUGGUUAGCCACCUUUCCUCCUUUCGUUACAUCGAGGCUGAUGAAGAUGCCUUGGAAACUUCUUUCCAAGCUCUGGAGAUAGCCAAUACCACUUUUGUGGAAGUGAAGGAGUCUGUGGAGAAAGUCAUCCCGUCAUUUGCAUCUGUUAAAAGGACAAAGACAACUAUUGAGAAUGAGAGUCCUGAAGGUUGGGGACAAGUUAUUGACAUUAGCAUGAAGAAAGGCUAUGUCUAUGGAGAUCAAGUCAACACAGUUAAAGAAGACACUGAAGAUGAAGACAUAACAAAUUUGGUGUAUCAGUGUGAAGUAACUUUGACCAAUUGGGAAGCAAUUGAGAUUCCUGAAGUCAUUCCUAUAUCAAAGUAA